AUGGAUCACGGACGAGACCCCUGCCCUUGGGUCAUUCUCAAUGACUUUGGUGGUGCUUUUUGUAUGGGCGCUAUUGGCGGUACUAUCUGGCACGGAAUCAAGGGCUUCCGUAACUCUCCCUAUGGCGAGCGACGCAUUGGCGCCAUCACAGCCAUCAAGAUGCGAGCCCCAGUUCUCGGUGGUAACUUUGGUGUCUGGGGUGGCCUCUUCUCAACGUUCGACUGCGCUGUGAAGGGUGUUCGCCAGAAGGAGGAUCCUUACAACGCUAUUAUUGCUGGUUUCUUCACUGGUGGUUCUCUCGCUAUCCGAGGUGGUUACAAGGCCGCCCGAAACGGUGCCAUCGGCUGUGCUGUUCUUCUUGCCGUCAUCGAGGGUGUCGGUAUUGGUUUCUCCAAGAUGCUUGCUGGUAGCACCAAGUUAGAAGCUCCUCAGCCUCCACCUCAGGAGGCUACUCUGUGA